UGAUUUGGUCAUACUUCCCACCUCUGAUAGAUUUAUAAUAAAUAUGUGGCCAUAAAUAUUUUACCUUUCCAUCCCCAAAAGCUUUACAUAACCCUUAUUUGCAUCGGCAGUAUCACGUUCAAAUAGCAUUCCUUUGUCACUCUUCUCAGACUUGAAACAUAUCCAUGCAGCGCAUUAUGGAAAUGCAGCAUACGUGCACUGACUCAACUGUUCGUGACGCGCGCCGACAAUGCCACACGGACCGCAGCCCGCGCCCAAUCCCGACAGUAGAUGGCAGCAACCCAAGAAACCAUAUGCGUCUGGUUCACCGCAGCUCUGCCUCUCUCAGUUGUGCAGCAGCACUCGCACUGGAGGCAGGACGUCAAAUGAAACAGAAGAGCCGCCAGCUACUGCUCCUCUCGAGUUUUACGCGUAGCCUGUCCUCCGCACCCGGAGACAGCACGUUUUGAAACCGCCAUGGAAGACAAAUCCAACUCGUUCUCGAGCAACAAAGAGGAGAAAGCGGAUGGGAAUAAUGUGUUCCAGAGGCAAGACUCGAUCUUGAAGAACAGCAUGGGGAGCCAGAAUAUGAAGGACCACGGCAACUCAGUGGGUGUCAAGGGGGACCGGGAGGAAACCAUGGUCGGUUUUGACGAUUUAGACGCUGCGUCGAGGCAAUCUGGGUUUAUGCAGCGGCAAUUUGGAGCGAUGAUGCAGCCCGGGGUGAAUAAGUUCUCCUUGCGGAUGUUCGGGAGUCAGAAAGCUGUGGAAAAGGAGCAGGAGAGAGUCCAGACUGCUGGAUAUUGGAUCAUUCACCCUUAUAGUGAUUUUAGGUUCUACUGGGACUUGAUAAUGCUCAUCAUGAUGAUGGGUAAUCUUAUUAUCAUUCCUGUGGGAAUAACCUUCUUUUCCGAGCAAACCACCACCACCUGGCUCAUCUUCAAUGUGGCCUCAGACACAAUCUUCCUGGUGGACCUGGUCAUGAACUUCCGAACAGGGAUUGUGAAUGAGGAGAGCUCAGAAAUCAUCCUGGACCCAAAGGUCAUUAAGAUGAACUACUUGAAGAGCUGGUUCGUGGUGGACUUCCUCUCCUCCAUCCCAGUGGAUUAUAUCUUUCUAAUAGUGGAGAAAGGUUUCGAUUCUGAGGUCUAUAAGACGGCACGAGCGCUACGUAUUGUACGGUUCACCAAAAUCCUCAGCUUGCUACGUCUUCUCAGGCUUUCACGCCUCAUCAGAUACAUCCACCAGUGGGAGGAGAUCUUCCAUAUGACGUAUGAUCUGGCGAGUGCAGUGGUAAGAAUCUUUAAUCUGAUUGGCAUGAUGUUAUUGCUGUGUCACUGGGAUGGCUGUCUUCAGUUCCUUGUGCCCCUCCUACAAGACUUCCCUCCUGAUUGCUGGGUGUCACUAAAUGGCAUGGUUAACGACUCCUGGGGGAAGCAGUACUCUUACGCCCUAUUUAAGGCCAUGAGUCACAUGCUGUGCAUCGGGUAUGGAGCCAGGGCACCCGUCAGCAUGUCAGACCUUUGGAUCACAAUGCUCAGUAUGAUUGUGGGUGCCACCUGUUAUGCCAUGUUCGUGGGCCACGCCACAGCCCUCAUCCAGUCACUAGACUCAUCCCGAAGACAGUACCAGGAGAAGUACAAGCAAGUUGAACAGUACAUGUCCUUCCACAAGCUGCCAGCUGACAUGCGGCAGAAAAUCCACGAUUACUACGAGCAUCGCUACCAGGGAAAAAUCUUUGAUGAGGACAGCAUCCUUAAUGAGCUAAACGACCCGCUCAAAGAGGAAAUCGUCAACUUCAACUGUCGUAAGUUGGUGGCCACUAUGCCCCUGUUUGCAAAUGCAGAUCCUAACUUUGUGACGGGAAUGCUGAGUAAACUAAAGUUCGAGGUGUUCCAGCCCAAUGAUUACAUCAUUCGCGAGGGCACCGUGGGUAAAAAGAUGUACUUCAUUCAGCAUGGAGUGGCUAGCGUCAUUACCAAAUUCAACAAAGAGCUCAAACUCACUGAUGGAUCCUACUUUGGAGAGAUCUGCCUGUUGACAAAAGGUCGCCGUACUGCUAGUGUCCGUGCAGACACGUAUUGCCGACUUUUCUCUCUGUCUGUCGACCAUUUCAACGAAGUCUUGGAAGAAUAUCCCAUGAUGCGUCGUGCCUUCGAGACCGUGGCUAUCGACCGCUUGGAUCGCAUCGGGAAGAAGAACUCGCUCCUGCUCCAGAAAUUCCAGAAGGAUCUGAAUGCUGGCGUGUUCAACACACAAGAGAACGAGCUGCUGAAGCAGAUAAUCCGACAGGACCGGGAGAUGGUGAUGAUGGCCGCCCCAUUGAGCUAUAGCACCUCUGCAACUAUCACCCCUUCCGGCCGUGUGCCGCCCUCCCAAGGCGUCACGUUUUCGGUGGCAAGCAUAUCACAUGGGAACCUCAGCACCUCUUCCCUGAAUCCCCCUACUCCCUUGCAGCAGCCGCCUUCGGCGAUCAUGUCCCCAUGCUCUUUUACCACGUCCGUAUGCAGUCCCCCGGUUCAGACCCCUAUAGCUAGCCGAACUUUCCAGUAUGGAUCACCGACAGCUUCACAACUAUCCCUUGUACAGCAACCUAUACCCCAGCAAUCCUUGCCUGCUUCCAUAUCCCAACAACAGCAGCAACAACAGCCACAACAACCACCAGGGGCAUCCCCUCAAAGGAGUGAGGUUCACAAGAGCACACAUGCGCUCCAGUCAGGCAGCCUGAGCCGGGACAUACGCCAUCUCUCUGCCUCACAGCCUUCACUCCCUCACGAGACCUCAAUGGCUGCCCGGGCUCACCCCACAUCGGGCGAAAUGCUCACGUCCAUUCCGCCACCCAUGGGAUCCACGGCAGGUGUCCAGGCACCGGGUUCUGCACUGCAAAGCGGAAUCCGCACCAACGUUCCACAGAGGGUUGCCCUUUUCCGACAGAUGUCAUCGGGAGCGUUACCGCCAGUGCGCACGGCGCAUUCUAGUGGCCAGCACAGGGAUUCCUCUGGUUCCAGGAGAGAGUCGUCAGUCUCAAGCUGUACAGAGACGGAACAAGACAAAAUGCGAUUCGCAUCGAAUUUAUGAUUCAGUUUUACUUUUUUCCUGUUAUUUAAAAAAAAAAAAACUUUGAUUUUUAUGGAGAUACAAAAAAUGGGGGAAAAGACUCAAAAAAUAGUAUUUUUUUUCUUUCUCCAACAUCCUCUGAAAAAAAUAACCUCAUUGCUAUCCUGUACAGAAUUUCCUUGUACUAUAUUUUAGACACCCUUCAACUUAAGAAUGUAUAUUAAACAAAUAUAUAUGUGCAAAUUCAACUAGAAUAUUUGGCGUUGACCAUAUUGGAAAAACUCUAUU